UAAGAGUGAGUUUAGUUUGUAUUUAGCUUGAUUUUCAUGAAAUGCUGUUAGGUUACCCCUCGUUGGUGAGGAUUACACCUGUCAUAGAAUUCUGUUAGCUUUGUGUCCUUUUGUAUUAUUGUAAAUUUAGAUCUGGCUAUAUCUAGAUUUUAUAUAAUCACCUAGCCUAAUAAAACUUCAGUUGGAUGCCUUUUUUAUUCUCAGCUUUGACAAGCAACUGUUGGGUAUUAUAUUUUGAUAGGAAUUAACAUCAAAGAAAGCUACGUGACAUUUUGUAAAGGAUUCCAAUUGUUGCGACAUUAAGUUUUUAUUUAGAAUUUGUUAAGAAGAGGCAUAUAGAUUAAUAUUUGUUAAUGUGACCUGCAAAUCUAGAUUAUUGCAAAACCUAAACUGCAUAUAUACCUUCCAGGGGUAGAGUACCUUUUGUUUUAUAUGAUAGUGAUCAUUUCUUCCAGGAAUAUAACCUAAACUGCACACACUCAUAUUUAGCAAUCCAGGAAUACACUCAUUUUUGCUACUUGCGCAAAGGAGGUAGUUACAAAUGCAAAGGUCAAUGUAGUGUUGUCUGACAAGGCAGUACUGAAACAUGUAGGCAGAGAGCUUGCAAGAUUAGAAAAUGAACUGAAAGAGCCGGAGUCAGCCUCCUGCACAAGUCAUGUUGAAGCUUUGAGAGAGAAGGAUGCACAAAUUAAAAAGUCAAUUCAGCGGUGACAGCAUGAGAACUUUCUUCAAUUCAAUCACAUUGCGCGACUGCAGGACAUCCACGGAACUGCAGAAAUUAAAAGGUGGUUUUGACUGUAAUUUGGGUGACUUUCCUGCAGAUGUUCUAUCAAAUUCUUGUAGAACCCAGCGUGAGUACAUGGGUGACAAUCAGGGCCAAUUUUGUGAAGAAACCCGAAGAAAGAUGUGGAGUUCGUUUGGCAUCCGUCUAGUGCAGCAGGGCGACGGCGGCGAGAGGACGGCGAUUGGGCAGCAGUGUGACGACGGCGAGAGGACUGUGUCGUGGACGGCGAUAGUGCGGCAGGGCGACGGCAGCGAGAGGACGGCGAUAGUGCUGCCGGGCGAGCACGGCAAGAGGAAGGCGUGCUGGACGUUGAGAACUGCUGCUAGGCGACAAUGGCGACGAGAAGUCGUGCUGGCGAGGGCGAGAGGACGGCGAGAAGUCGUGCUGGCGAGUGCGAGAGGACGGCGAGAAGUCGUGCUGGCGAGUGCGAGAGGACGGCGAGAAGUCGUGCUGGCGAGGGCGAGAGGACGGCGAGAAGUCCUGCUGCGGGGCGUCUCGAACGGUUUUGAUCAACACGAUCUUAUUAUUUCGUGGACCUGGAGACGGUUGUGGUCCGUUCGUCCGCUCCGUUCAAAGAUGUGUGGGAUUUGAGACGUUGGAUAUAUUGUCAAAGGCUCAGAUUAGUUGGAUGGGACGCUCUGGCUCUUUUAAAGUAGGGGA